AUGUGCUACGACCGCUACGUGUCCAUCUGCAAACCCCUGCACUACGGGACCCUCCUGGGCAGCAGAGCUUGUGCCCACAUGGCAGCAGCUGCCUGGGCCAGUGCCUUUCUCAAUGCUUUGCUGCACACAGCCAAUACAUUUUCCCUGCCCCUGUGCCAUGGCAAUGUCCUGGGCCAGUUCUUCUGUGAAAUCCCUCAGAUCCUCAAACUCUCCUGCUCCAAAUCCUACCUUAGGGAAUUUGGGCUGCUUGCUGUUAGUGCCUGUUUAUCAUUUGGUUGUUUUGUGUUCAUUGUUUUCUCCUAUAUGCAGAUCUUCAGGGCUGUGCUGAGGAUCCCCUCUGAGCAGGGACGGCACAAAGCCUUUUCCACCUGCCUCCCUCACCUGGCCGUGGUCUCUCUUUUCUAUAGCACUGGCACGUUUGCCUACCUGAAGCCCCCCUCCAUCUCCUCCCCAUCCCUGGAUCUGGCCCUGUCAGUUCUGUACUCAGUGGUGCCUCCAGCCCUGAACCCCCUUAUCUAC